UCUGCCCUGUGGGCAGUCCAAGGUCCUCCCUCCCCCCCCUUCCAGGUCUAGGUAAAACAAUCUUAUUUUAAUACCAAUCCCAGUUCCCUCUCCCUCCUGUUCUCUUGCUCCCCUUUCCUCCCCUACUAGCUCCCAUCUACUCCUCAGAGAGGGUGAGGUCUCCCAUGGGGAGUCAACAAAGUCUGUCACAUCACUUGAGGCAGGAGCAAGACUCUUCCCCCGUAUCUAGGCUGAGCAAGGUAUCCCCCAUUAGGGAAUGGGCUCCAAAAGGCCAGUUCAUACUCUUAGAAUAAAUACUGGUUCCACUGCUAGUAGCCCCACAAACUGCCCAAGCCACACAACUGUCACCCACAUUCAGAGGGCCUAGUUUGGUCUUAUGUAGGUUCCCCAGCUCUCAGUCUGGAGUCAGUGAGCUCCCACUAGUUCGAGUCAGCUGUUUCUGUGGGUUUCCCAAUCAUGAUAAAUGUCCCUUUUUCAUAAGGUUCCCAGUCCUUGUAAGAAUUAGGACCUACGUAAGAGCCUCAUGUCCACUAAUUGGACCCACUGUGAUGUUUCCAGGGCAAGUCCUUAAGUCUCAUUUGUGGGGCCCUCUCCUGGCUCCGUGACUUUGAAGAGAAGAGAUUACAAGCAGAGGCUCGUCUCCUUGCACCUGGGUCUGGCCCCACGUGUGAUGGGAAGAACUCGCUCAUGUCUUCCUCAUCUUGCCAAGAGCCCUCUGGCACCCCGAGGCCUGCUGGAGAACCCGAUUGGAUCACCGAAUUUGUUCAGAAGAAAGAAGAAAGGGACCUGGUGGAGAGGCUGAAGGAGGAGCAGGCGAAGAGGAGGAAGCGGGAAGAACGUCUGCAGCAGGUCUGUCAGGAUGGAAGGCUCAGAUUUGCAUCCAAGCGCAUGAAACAGGAAGAGGAGGAGACCGAGACUCUCCUGCGCCUCAGCAGGGAGAUGUUGGCUGUAGGGACAGGACCGGAACAGCUGGAGCAGCUGGAGUGUGGGGAGGAGGAGCUGGUUCUGGCAGAGUACGAGAGUGAUGAGGAGAGAAGAGCCAGCAGCAGAGUGGACGAGGAUGAGGAUGACUUGGAGGAAGAACAUAUAACCAAGAUUUAUUACUGCAGUCGGACACACUCACAGCUGGCCCAGUUUAUACAGGAAGUACGGAAGAGCCCUUUCGGCAAGGAAACCCGGCUAGUCUCUCUUGGCUCUCGGCAGAAUCUUUGUGUGAAUGAAGAUGUGAAAAGCCUGGGUUCUGUGCAACUUAUGAAUGACCGCUGUGUGGACAUGCAGAGAAGCAAACACGAGAAGAACGGAGCUGUGGAAGACAAGCCAAAGAGAAAGAGACGGAAAAUCCAGACCUCUUGCCCCUUCCACAACCACGAGCAGAUGCAGCUUCUCCGGGACGAGAUUCUGCUGGAGGUAAAGGACAUGGAGCAGCUUGUGGCCCUUGGGAAGGAGGCACGGGCCUGCCCCUAUUACGGAAGCCGCUUCGCCAUCCCUGCAGCCCAGCUAGUGGUGCUACCCUACCCAAUGCUGUUGCAUGCAGCCACCCGACAGGCUGCAGGAAUCAAACUGCAAGGCCAAGUGGUCAUCAUUGACGAGGCACACAACCUGAUCGACACCAUCACCAGCAUCUACAGCACAGAGGUCAAUGGUUCCCAGCUCUGCCAGGCCCAUUCCCAGUUGCUCCAGUACAUGGAAAGAUACGGGAAGCGUUUGAAGGCCAAGAACCUAAUGUACAUCAAACAGAUUCUGUACUUGCUGGAGAAGUUUGUGGCUGUUUUGGGAGGUAACACUAAACAAAAUCCUAGUACACAGAGCCUGCUCCAGAAAGGUUCUGAGCUGAAGAGCAUCAACGACUUUCUCUUUCAGAGCCAGAUAGACAACAUCAACCUGUUCAAGGUGCAGCGGUAUUUGGAGAAGAGCAUGAUCAGCAGGAAGCUGUUUGGCUUCACAGAACGCUUUGGGGUUGUUCUUCCAUCCGUCUCAGCCUCUCAGGAGAACCGCAGUCUGGAUGGCUUCCAGCACUUCCUGAAGAGCCUGCAGUCAGGGCCUACCGAGGACUCCCUGGAGGAGGACCAGGCCACAGCCCCUCGGCCUGCCUCCCCUCUGAUGCACAUUGAGGCCUUUCUGGCAGCUCUCACCACUGCCAACCAGGAUGGCAGGGUUAUCCUGAACCGGCAAGGCAAUGUUGGUCAAAGCAGCCUCAAAUUCUUGCUCUUGAAUCCAGCUGUGCACUUUGCCCAGGUGGUGAAGGAAUGCCGAGCAGUGGUCAUUGCAGGCGGCACCAUGCAACCGGUGUCUGACUUUCGGGAGCAGCUGCUGGCAUGUUCUGGAGUGGAAACUGACCGGGUGGUGGAGUUCUCCUGUGGUCAUGUGAUCCCUCCAGACAACAUCUUGCCCCUUAUUAUAUGCAGUGGGCCCUCUAACCAACAGCUGGAAUUCACCUACCAGAGAAGAGAGCUGCCUCAGAUGAUGGAGGAGACGGGCCGCAUCCUCUGUAACUUGUGCAACGUGGUCCCUGGAGGGGUGGUAUGCUUCUUCCCUUCCUAUGAGUACCUGCGUCAGGUGCAUGCUCACUGGGACAAGACUGGCCUGCUGGCACGUUUGUCUGUCAAGAAAAAGAUUUUCCAAGAGCCCAAGAAAGCAAGCCAGGUGGAGCAGGUGCUGAUGGCGUAUUCCAAGUGCAUCUCGUGCUGCAGUCAGGAAGGAGGCCAUUUGACAGGAGCUUUGCUCCUCUCUGUGGUUGGAGGGAAGAUGAGUGAAGGGAUCAACUUCUCUGAUGACCUGGGCCGGUGUGUGGUGAUGGUGGGGAUGCCAUACCCCAACAUUAAGUCUGCAGAGCUGCAAGAGAAGAUGGCCUACUUGAAUCAGAUCAUUCCUAGGAUACAAGGUCAGGCACCCCCAGGAAAGGUGUUGGUGGAGAAUCUGUGUAUGAAGGCUGUAAACCAGUCCAUAGGCAGGGCCAUUAGGCACCAGAGAGACUUUGCCAGUAUUGUGCUCCUGGAUCACCGGUAUGCCCGCCCUUCUGUCCUGGCGAAGCUGCCAGCCUGGAUACGAGACCGUGUGGAGGUCAAAGCCACCUUUGGCCCUGCCUUUGCUGCUAUGCGGAAGUUUCAUCGGGAGAAAUCACUUCCCGGUCUGGUAUAGGCUCCUCUUUUAUUCUCCCUCCUUGACCUGACCUGACCUUUGUGUUUCACCUGAGAUGGUCAAAAGCAGACACAACCUGUGAAGUCUACACCAACCUUUCAGAGGCAGUGGAUUCCAGUGUUGUGACUUACACAGAAAAGCCACCAGGACAAAUCAAAUUCACCCUGAAGGAACAUGGCCCAGAACCUCAUUGUCAGGCGCCACAUUCCCUGAGACUGAUUCUUCCCAUGGCGCCUGGCUCAGCUUCAGUUUUUUGUCUGGCUUCAGGAGGCUGUGCAAGCAGCUGCUCUCUGCCCUUUUUUGAGGCAAGGCCCACCCUGCCUUCAUCCUUUUUAGGGACAGUGAGUUGUUCUUGGCGUUUGGCUCCAGUUUCAGCCACAGACAUCCCUAUUCCGGGCCCUGCUGUCUGCAGGGCUUCCACAUUCAGGCUGCGUUGACUGUGGCUCCGGGAGGAGGUGGAUCUCUCUUGCUUAGCUGCUGCUCCUUCCUCAAGCCAAGGAGACCUCUUCUCUUCAGCCACCAAUUCCACCACACCUACCAUGGCCUCAGGUGUAAUGCUAGGACCACUAGACUCUUGCUGUGACUACAUUUAAAGCCCCUCCGUCACCAGAGCAAUUUUGGCUAUGGAGAAAUAUAAAUGCCAUCCCUCGCUCUGCAGUAGUUGCCCCAACUCACCGCUUUUUUGAAUCCAGAAAAAAAUGUUCUACUCCCUCAGACAUUCUUUCUCAUUGCUGAGACAACCGGGUCAGGAGGACAGCUCACGGUCUGCUGAGCCAUCUGCAUCUGGCAAGGCCACCCUUCCCUUACUAAAUAAAGGGCACUGUUCACCUGGGUAGUUACCAUUCUUUUUAUGGUGAGUCGCUGUUUUCUCAGUCCUAACAAAAGCAAGCAAAGUACCCUAGGGGCGGCGCAGGUAGACAGUGGACCUGGCACAUGGUACACACAACCCCUGACCAUGGAAAGGGGUGAGGCAAGACGAGGGACAGUUGUUCAGCCACUCGGCCCUCUAUAGACUACUGGAGCUUAGUGGUCCACUUGCCCAGGAGCCUCUCAGGGCUGUUUGUGCUGGAGUGAAUAAGGAGGGCCCUGUGCUGCCCAGGGGUUGCUUGUCUACAAUUAACAUCAUGUCUUUGUUGGUCAGAAUAUACAAUUGGGUCAUAGAUUUAAAUGUUUGGCCGUACUGGUUGUCAGUGAUGCUUCCUAAAUCCAUUUGGCUUUGUUUGAAGUGAGAGACAGGAAAAACUGAACCUGUAUCUGGGACCCCGGUGUCAAUCUGAGGAAAAACAUUCUUUGUGAAGCAGCCAAGGUUCCCAGGAGGAUGGUCAUUUUGGGGGUGCUCAUUUAGGAAUCUUAGCUAUCAAAAUUGGGGAAACUCUUAAUAUGGGGGAUUCUUUACUUAGGGAUUUCUUUCCAGUCCUUUGUGGAUCCCUCCAUUGCUGAGACAGUCAUAGCUGGAAUCCAAGUUUCUAAUCUGCACUUUGGGGUGAGGUCUAGAUGAUCUCAGAGAAGAGCAUUUGAACAAAGGGCACCUCUCACCAUCUCCCUCCUCCCUGUGCACAGGGCAUCUCUCACCAUCUCCCUCCUCCCUGUGCACAGGGCAUCUCUCACCAUCUCCCUCCCUGUACACAGGGCACCUCUCACCAUCUCCCUCCUCCCUCCCUGUGCACAGGGCAUCUCUCAUUAUCUCCCUCCUCCCUGUACACAGGGCAUCUCUCACCAUCUCUCUCCCUGUGCACAGGGCAUCUCUCACCAUCUCUCUCCCUGUACACAGAGCAUCUCUCACCAUCUCCCUCCUCCCUGUACACAGGGCAUCUCUCACCAACUUUCUACCUUUCUGCCUGUACAAAAAGCCCAACUGGAACACAGCUUCUCUGGGGGCCCACAUCUGACUCAACAUCUCUUAAGAAGUAUUCUGAUUAGGACAGGGUGCUGUAAAAGUGGGAACCUUCUGUCUAAGUACUUAGCAGUAGAACUUUUCCCUAUUUCUUUAGGAUGGGAGGAUAAGGGAGUGUCAGAUUGGAUCUUAGUGAUACCUGUGUGCAGAGAUUAGGUAUUCCCCGGAAUCUUUAAGUUCUCUAAUUCUACAUAGCAAACUAGGGAAGUUUAAUGGUGAGAAGAUGGGUAAUUGAAAAGCAUUAAAAUAGGAAGAAGGGGUGGGAAGCAACCAAUAAAUUGUGAAUAUUGCCAUGCAUUAAACAUUUUACAGUGUUGUGGAAUAUUAAAGAUGUGUUAUUUAUUUAUGUUA